AUCAGGUUAGGAAAUGGAAGUUGUUGCACUUCCACUGCUCUCCAUUCUGUUAUAAAUUUGGUUAUUUUGAGCAGAUGGAGAUAGAGGUUGCAACUUCACAUUUCUUGUCUUCUGAAUGUAGCCUCAGGUUUCCUGUUUCACAGGCGUUGAGCCUUGUCGCUCAACAGCUUGAUCGAAACAUCUUGUCAUACGCACUCUUUGCUUUGGCAUGGAGGGAAGCAGAUCAGAAACUUCUGCAGCCGAAGCGAGUGAGGAAAUAAUUUAUACUUCUGUCAAAUUCUCUCAGACUCCUCCGCCAAGGGCCAAAGCUGCACAGGAAAAAAGAGCUCCCUGUCUGUGGCCAGCAGUUGUGCCGGGCUUGGCUAUAGGCUUUGGGAUACUGAGCAUCUCCCUAGCGAGUGCUUUGAUUUGGAAGAUGAGUGACUGCCACCCACGCUGCCCUGAAGAGUGGGUGGCCUACAGAGGGAGCUGCUACUCCUUCUCCAAGGAGAAGAAAGACUGGUUUUCCAGCCAGGAAUUCUGCCGGGCACAGGGAGCUCAUCUCCUGGUGAUCAGCGAUACCAGCGAAAUGGACCUGUUCAAGAAUAUUCAAACAGGGUGUUUCUGGAUUGGACUGAGGAACAGAACAGGCUCUGGAUGGAUUUGGGAAGAUGACUCUGUGUUCAGUGUCACCAAGGUCCUCUCUAACAGCGCUGUGCAACACUGUGUUGUCCUGAUGAAAGAUCACUUUCAGGCCUCCAGCUGUGAAUUUUCUGCUCCAUGGAUCUGUGAGAAAUCUCUUAAAUAAAUCCCAUGUACAUUUUCAUCUCAUAACCAUCUCAUCAGUGGUACAAGUGGAUCAUUGUCCUGCAAACCAAAGCUCUACACAAGACCAAGGACUUGCACUUUGCCCACCUUCACAAAGGUGUUUUGCAGCAACAGGUUUGUUGCCCAUAAGGGUGAGUUAUCCUUAGUAGUAGAUGCAUUCUCAGUCCACACGUCUUGGAUUACUGCUGUUUGUGACCAGAUGAGACCUGGGACAUAUUCCCUGGCCUAGUCUUUGCCUUAUUUGUCCUAUAAGGGCAAACAAAAGUUGUUACAACAGAUGCUGGGUCUUCAGAUCUCUGAGGGUGAGCUGGCCAUUUUCCUCCGGUCCUGAGCAUCAGAUUCCAUUUCCAUUCCCUGCAUCUCCAUUUUCUGGUGCCAGCAGGACCAGGAAAAUGAAGCCUGCUGUUCACUGCCAGAAACAUCUGAACAGACUUCUCCCAGUGGCAGCCUCUCCUUUUGCAUCCCAGUGCUAUGAGUGGGGGAGAAGGUGGUGAAAUGAGACUAGAACUUCUUUAAAUCCAGCAGUGAAAAUAAACCUCCAGUACUGCACUGGACCAAAAGUGUGUA